AUGGACUACCAGACUUGCGACGACCGUUGGGGUCUCGACACGGACGAGCCCCCAGAGGACCGUAAGGAGCUGACCCCAAUCACUCUCUCCCCCAAGUUCGUUCCGCCGUCAACCAAGGUUAUCCUGUACGAGGUUACCCUCAUGGACACGGAUAGCGACCACGGGAACAACAACCUCAUCGUCAAGACGGAUCUCUCGGCACUGCACCACCUCACCGACGUCGCCUUCAUGUUCUCCUUUUGGGAAGGAAUGGCAUACCACCGUCCAAACAACCACAAGCCGCUAGGUGUCCUGCACACCCUUGUGCGCUCCAUCGCAGAUGCGGUUCCUCGCGUACAGGUCACCUUCAAAGGACUGGAGGGGUACCAACAUGCAUGGUUCUGCCCUGCCAGGAUUUCCAUCGGCGAUGACAAGGAUGAUGAGGAGGAUGAGGACGAGAAGGACGCGAAGGACGACGAGGAUGACGAAGACGACGAGGACGAAGAGGACCCAGAGGACAACAAGGGCGCCACCUGGAGACGGUACAUGCGGCACUACAUUGCCCAAUACAUACUCUGGAUCAAGACGAACCCCGGCAGACCAGGUGAAAGCUUCUUCAAAUGGGCGACUAGGGUAGACGCCGACGACCUCGAGAGAGACGGCAUGCGCGUCGCCCUUGAACCUAUCCUCGGCGCGAUUCAUAUCGAGCACAAAGAUGACAAGGGCCUUAUGGGAUCAGAGUACCUUGGAAUGGUUGCGAAUCAGCAUCCCGACGAUCCGCCGGACCCAGAUUACUACGAUGGGGACCUCGCUGACUGCUUUGAGCGCCUCGUCAACCAUGGAGACGGCGACUACGACCGUAGCAUCAGCAGAUGGAAGUAG